AUCAUGAAAUUGAUAAUUGACUUAAUAUUUAUUUCCUUUGCAAGUGCUUCUUCACAAAAUAAACCUUUAGAAAAAGAGAUAUUCAGUAAUUACGAUAAAACAAAGAAACCGGCUAAUAAGGAAGAUGGCUUAGUACAUGUAAAUGUUUCACUUUCUGUAGAGAACAUUAUUGAAUUAGACAUCAAGCAAGGUGUACUGGCAAGUAAUUUAAUACUCGGCAUAAAAUGGCGCGACACUAAUCUCAAGUGGGAUGAAUCAACAUACGGGAAAAGUCUCAUAUAUGUUGAAUUAGGAAACAUAUGGUACCCUAAUAUUCAAAUAUGUAAUAGCGUAUUGGGUAGAUUUCGUAUGGAUCCGACCACGGCAGUCACUAUAAAUUCUGCCGGAUACAUUCACUUGUAUAUAAAUGAAAUAUUCAAAUCUUACUGCAGGAUUAACGUUGAGAAAUAUCCUUUUGAUGAGCACGAAUGUGAUAUAUUGGUUUGCUUUGCGCAUGUGAUGCAUAUGGAGGAAACUAUAAACGGUUUUGAGUACACUAUAGAAUGCAAAUCCAAAUUAAAACAAUGGAAUUUCAAGUUUGAGGAGAUUGACAUCGGAAGGACGAAUACUACAGCAGUGGGCCUUAAAGUUCAUGGUAAGAGAAGUCUUAACAGUGCAACAGUAGCAAAAAUUAUACCCCCAAUUAUGUUAACAUUUUUGAUCUUUUCUGUCCAUUUGCUACCGGCUGACUCUGGAGAGAAAAUUUCACUUGCAAUCACUGUUUUUCUUACAAACAUCGUUUUUCUUUCUGAAACUGAAAAAAUAUUGGGUUAUAAUUCUGAGGAACCAUCUGCAUAUCUAAUAUAUCUCUUAAUUUUGACAUUUGUCAGCGGUUGUUCUACUGUCGGGUCAGUAAUUAUAUGUAAAGUGCAUGCCCACCAGACUGGAUCGAACAAUAACUCAACUCCAGAAUUUGCAAAAGAAACAAAUAGAUCAAGAAACAGUGUUGGCGUUUCAGAAAUAUCAGAUGAGCACAAUAUGAAGAUAAAGACGAAAACUGCGUAUAAAAAACAUUUUCUAACGUCUCAGAAACUAGACAAAAUAUUUUUGUCAAUAAUUGUCAUAUUUCUCAUGUUCUAUAUCAUAAUUGCUUUGUCAGCAACUAAUACUGACAAAGAUGAAGAAAGUUCACAAUAA